AUGUGGACCAGUAGAGUCCAGCCCAGACCCACAGAGACCAGCAGAGACCAGCAGAGUCCAGCCCAGACCCGCAGAGACCAGCAGAGAUCAGCUCAGACCCGCAGAGACCAGCAGAGACCAGUAAAUACCAGCCCAGAGAAAAGUUCAGACCAACAGAGACCAGCAGAGACCAGUUCAGACCCGCAGAGACCAGCAGAGACCAGGCUGCACUCAGAUGGGCGUGUCAGGGGCGGGGCCUCCAUGGUAUAUCUGAGGCGUUUCAUUGGCUGCGCCGUGAGGGAGUUCAGCUUCCUGGCCAAGAAGCCGGGAUGUAGUGGCCUGCACAUCACCACUGACGCCUGCUGGGGGCGCUGUGAGACCUGGGAGAAACCGGUGCUGGAGCCGCCCUACGUGGAGUCGUACCAGCGCGUGUGCACGUACAACGAGACGCGUCUGGUGACGGUGCGCCUGCCCAACUGCUCCGCCCACAUCGACCCCACCUACACCUACCCCAUCGCCCUGCGCUGCGACUGCGCUGUGUGUCUGACCAGCACCACCGAGUGUAUCACGUCUGUCUGA